AAUAAAAAAAUGUCCAUUCGAGAUCGAACAGUGCCCGAACAACAAUCGGUCGUCGCACUCAUUAGCUACAACAAAACUUCUCUCGAACAGAAUAAUAAUGCUGUAGUGCAGAACAACAGUGAUUCGAAAGUGCAGGAGCGAACGAUUUCGCCAGCGAAGCGUGCCUAUUUCCGCAGACGAAUUUUGCCGCCAGAAAUUUUCAAUGAUUUGCAAGAAUCGUGUGUCGACCCCCCACGGGAAGAACUCUCGACCACUGACAGAUGCGGAGGAAUUGUGACCAGCGGUGUAUGGGACUCUAGAACAUGCGGUCGGGCAAUCACUGUCGUUGGUUCACCAGUUCAUCCGUUCAUCAAUCGGAGUAAAUCGGUGGACUAUAGCAGACGAUAUUUACCAAAUGCCACCAGUCAAAGCUAUGCCAAUCGAGACGGCUUGCCAGUAAGUGCAGAAAAGAAGCCUCCACCACCUGCUAGAUCUCUCGUCUGCCAGGAGUGUUCCGGAGGGACUUUCUUCGGCAUCUACCACACACCCACAUCCAGAAGAAAAACUACAGAAUCCCUUCCCGUUGGACCACCUCCCAAUGAGAGUCGCUGGGAGCGAACAUCCCUUCCGUCGCAGUCCACCUUCACUUCUACCACCCCCACGUCUGUCCUGAGCUCUCUUCCCGCCAAUAAAACUUUCCAUUACACCCCCGAACUCCGCUACAAGCCGGUGUACUUCGGCGACCCCAGAUUCCGGAGAUACAGCUGCGGUUACAGUGAGCGGAGACCUUCCGCGGCGGUGUCCGGACUUCAGGAUUUUUGCCGGACUAUGCUAACGCCCAAACAGCCGGACAUGCCAUCUGAGUUCAGUGCACAGAGUCAGACUCAAGAGAAAGAUAUAAGUGACAAAGUGAAUGUUGAUGAGAAUCGUGAACAAUUGGAUGGCAAACAGACAUCAGCCGAAAUCCACUCUCAAAAGGGUAGCAAGCAAACGACACCCCUGCGAAGCCCUAAAUUGGUGAAGGAGGUUCUGAAGCGCAUGUCCUCCCACCCGAGCGGCCGAGAUCCCCAAGUCCGAGAAGCCUUCUCAGACGAGGAAGACCCCGAUUUCUACGUGGACAAGGAGGCCAUGAAGGUGAUAGACGAAUUUGAAAGAAGUCUAACGGACCUCAAUAGUGAUAUCCAGGUACAAAAAAUCAACAGACAAGAUUCGCAGCCAAAUGUCACAGAUGGAGGACCCAGCAGGGAUCAGACUGACAAUCUGGUGGAAGAGGUGCUGCUCAGCGAGAGGAAAUUCGAAAAAAUUGCCGUGUCCGAAUCGGUCCCCUACAGUGAGAAAUUCAUGGGGAGGGAAGAAAUCGAGGAGGCCAGGAGGUACAUGUCCCUGACCACUGACCAGAAGUCUAAAAGGAACAAAGCUGGGAGAGAAAGUCCAGCGCCACCGAAACCUCCGAGGAAUUAUGAUUCUUUGCCCAGAGGGUUUAAGACUUCAACUGGAGAUUCAAGUUAUGAUGUCGUAUCUUCAGGUAUCCAUCCUCUGAUGAAUGGCCAUUCGACCGACAGCGGAAACCGAGUUGACCAUCCCAGCAGCUCUCCUCAACAGAAUUACUUCGUGGUCGUGGCCAUCGAUUUCGGAACCACGUACAGCGGAUAUGCCUUCAGUUUCACACAAGACCCGGACAACAUUCACAUGAUGAGGAAAUGGGAAGGCGGAGAUCCUGGAGUAGUGAAUCAGAAGACUCCAACAACCCUUCUCCUGGACCCUGAAGAGAGAUUUCAUUCGUUUGGCUAUGCUGCUCGCGACUGCUACCACGAUCUUGAGCCCCAAGAGGCCAAGAAAUGGCUAUAUUUUGAAAAGUUUAAAAUGACUCUACACAAAACGGAGAAUCUGAGCAGAGACACCAUCAUUUAUGCUGCUAAUGGUAAGGGAUUGUCUGCCCUCACCGUAUUUGCCCACGCCCUCCGUUACUUCCGAAAACACGCUCUGCAAGAAUUGAGUGACCAGUCGGCUACAUGCAUCCUCAACGAUGACGUCCGAUGGGUCGUGACCGUUCCUGCCAUCUGGAGACAACCUGCCAAACAAUUCAUGAGGAAUGCUGCUUAUGAGGCUGGGAUAGCUUCAAAAGAAAAUCCAGAGCAGUUAUUGAUUGCCCUGGAGCCAGAGGCAGCUUCCAUCUUCUGCAGACGCCUACGGCAGCACCAGCUAGUGCCUAUGAUGUCCGGCCCCCAAAGAUUGUCCCUGCCAAAUAUCAAAGAAAACCCAGACAGUUCCCUGCCAGCUGUCAUAGAAAAUGCUGGUACGAGGUACAUGGUGGUUGACUGUGGCGGUGGUACAGUGGACAUCACCGUCCACGAAAUCACAGACGAGAACGGCACCAUCAAAGAACUGCACAAGGCCACCGGGGGACCUUACGGAUCGGUGGGUAUCGACCUGGAAUUCGAAAAACUCCUGGCUGACAUCUUCGGCACGGACUUCCUCGAGCAUUUCAAAAAUAAACUACCCGCGGCCUUCGUGGACCUCAUGGUAGCGUUUGAAGCUAGGAAGAGGAACGCCAGCCCUUUCAAGAUAACCCCCAUUAACAUAGCCCUGCCAUUUUCUUUCGUCCACCACUACAAGAAGAUGAAAAAUACUACGGUGGAGAACACCGUCAAGAAGUACAACAGCAAAGAGAUCAAGUGGUCUUCCCAGGGCAUGCUGAGAUUAGAGCCUUCUGGAAUGACGAACCUCUUCCAGCCGACCUUGGACGCCAUCCGAAUGCACGUGGCCCAUGUUCUGGACACUUGCGAGUCCUCUGGUGCCAUCUCCUAUCUAUUUCUGGUUGGUGGAUUCGCCGAGUCAGCCAUCCUCCAGAAGAGCAUUCGAGAUGCAUUCUCUGACCGCCUCAAAGUCAUCAUUCCUCAAGGUGUCAGUCUAGCUAUUCUGAAAGGUGCGGUGCAAUUUGGAAUCGAUCCGACCGUUGUAAGUUCGAGAAGGUCGAGGCUGACUUAUGGUGUAGGCGUCCUCAACAGGUUUAUCCAUGGCACUCAUCCUCCUGAUAAGCUUGUGGUGAAGGACGGCGUGGAAUGGUGCGCUGAUGUAUUCGAUAAGUUCGUUCUGGCUGACCAGUCUGUGUGUGUCGGAGACACUGUCAUCCGUCGAUACACCCCUGCCCGAAGCGGUCAGGCGUGCAGCGUCAUCCAUAUCUACUGCAGUGAGCGAGACGACGUCAACUUCAUUACAGAUCCAGGGGUCAAACGGUGCGGAACUUUGGUGCUUGACCUGCCGGACGAACCAAAGCAGCCGCAGGGCAAAAGGGAGAUCCAGACCAUCAUGAUCUUUGGGGACACAGAACUCAAGGUCAGUGCCAUGGAUGUCCUGACGGGCAGGUGUGUCAAGGCGGAAGUCGACUUUCUCAAUGGAUAAAAUCGAUAUUUAUUGAUUGAUUUAUCUGCUCUUAUACCGUCCAAAGUUGCCUGAUUUUUUUGUUAGACUGUACUUCCACGGAUACAGAUACAGGGUGCAAUAGAAAUCUAUGUGAUCCCAUCGAAAUAGGAUUUCGGAGAUAGUGGAAUGUGGAUAGGGCUAAGACUUACCACUGUGCUCUCCCCUCUUCCUUUCUUCACAAGUAAGCGUUUGUGUUUGGCAUCAGAUUGUUGGCUGGACAUGUGAUCUUAAUUUAGUCAUGUGAUUUCCAAUUACGCCUAGUGACUGCCCUAUGAAAUACAACUGUGGAACAGUGGCUUUGCUACCUUGCAGUAGGAUGUACCCUAAUUAUAGCUGAUAUGCCGAAGAAUUUUUGCUUUGAGACUAUGAUUGAAAAUAAGUCUCGUUUGCGGUGGCAAUAAUCUUUGAACAAUUACACGAAGUGUUCUCAAGCGGUAUGCAAUGAAAUGUGUGUCAAAUGUUAUUAUAUAAAUAUAUUUUUUUUAAAAUAGAAAAUAGUUUAGACUUUCCUUCUUAUUUCAAGGCUUCAAAUGCAAGAACUGCUUUGCCUUGCAUUUAAAAUGUUUUAAAUUUGCAUUUAAAUGUUAAUUGUUUCAUGGUUUUGAUUGGAGUUAGAAAAUUAUUGACUUUUAAAUGCAAGUGACUGAUUUUCACGUAAGAUUUGAUGCUGAAUAAUUAGUUCUAGAGAUUAUCUAUAGAAAUGAAUCCAUAUCUGUGGAAAUAAAGGAUUUCAGAUCUUACUUUCGUACAAAAGGAAAUACCCAAGGAUUAAAAAAAAAUAUUACAAUUGCAUAUCAAGACAAAUUGAAAAUAUUUAAAUGAUAUUCUUAAAUUUAUUUUGUAAAGUUUUAAGUGAAAUUAGAGGUUUUUUUAAACUAUUCAAUAAGAUGUUUAUUUUAAGUAUAAGAUUUAAGAUUUGUUAAGACGUAUAUUUAUAAUUCUUGUUAAGCAUCCCGUUAUUUCAAAUAGAUAGAAAAGUAUGUCUUAAUUUUUUAACGACUUUAAAUCAAUCUAAUUUAGACUCGUUAAUGAAGACUUAAGUUACUCUAAUGAAAUUAACUUUGUUUUUAUCUCUUUUAACAAAAGAAAUACUUUGAGUUGGUAAAAACUGAGCAAAAUUAAUUUUGGAUUAACUUAACUUCCUAAAACAUUUUUUGGUUAAAAUUAAAUCAUGCAAGGCAUUUUUGAUUCGACGGGGAUUUUUUUAUAAAUUUACUUUCUUUCAAUUUUUUAAAGUGUUUAAAAUUUACUUAUUUUCAAGUUGAGUCUAAAUAAAAUAGUUACUGUUAGUUUUUAAAUGAAAUUAGACA